UGGCGUGACAAUUGACAUUUACGCGGCGUUAUUGGUUAUAAAGUUUUGCUAUUUUUGCAGUUUUUUCCAGAAAAUAUAGAAACAUCAAAAUAUUCAUGAUACGUUUGAUGUAUUUGUAGUUUGCUGUGCCUUACAUUUUUUAUGUACACUCAUUAUUUAGUAAAAUAGGAGUAUUUUAGUUUCGGCGCUUCUACCAAAAUGUUGAUCGAAACUUUGCAUGGUCUGCAUGCUACAAGCAUAACACUGAACGAAAGGUUCACUCUACUGGCCCAAGCGCCUCCUCCACGCGUUAUAAGACCAAAACGAAGAUCUGUAUCUCAAUCCUAUUCAAAUAAAGGAUUUAAUUAUGGUAACCAAAACCUCUUAGAAAAAAUUGUUCAGCAGUUGGAACAAGCAAAUCGAAAAGUAGUCAAGCAGCGACUAGGACUUAGACGUUAUGGCAGUGAAGGCAAUUUGAACAAACUUCAGAGAUCAAAUAGCACAAGUAACCUUUCCCAAUUUGGUGUAAAAAGCCGGCUUUCAUGGAGACAGUCUAAUGGAAACCUUAGCAGGUCAUCAGCAUUUAACAAUCAGUUUGGAUGGCGAGGCCGUGCGUUUGUGCGGCGCGGUACAAGAAUAGGACUUACGAGAGGCAGAGUCAGGGGUAGAGGCGGCCGUCAACAGUUAGGCAGGUUGCAGAACCAACGCCGCACUGUGGGCCAGAAUGCGCGCGGUCGGGGCCGGGGACGAGUGCGGGGACGCGGACGGGGACAGGGACGGGGAAACAAUAGAGCGACAACUCCAAAUGCAAAGAAGACGGUGCCCACUAAGGAAGAGCUAGAUCUUCAGCUCGACCAGUACAUGGCCAGCACCAAGUCAGCAUUGGAUAGACAACUCGAUGCCUACAUGGAGAGUGCUGUGAGAACAGAAUAAGAGAAAAGAAGAAAAAUAUGAGAUAAGAAGAGUAAAGAAGAGAGUGAUUAGUGAUUAUUUUCUUUAACAUCUAAAGUGGAAGUGAAGUGAUUUAUUAAUUUUUUUAUUUGCUUAACAUUUUUAAUAGUUAGUGUACAUAGCAAUUGUACAUGUUAUAAAGUCGGGCGUAAUGGUAAGAGCAUUUGUUGUCUUUAGUAACCAAUUUGAUUUCAAGACAAGUAAUUUUUGACAUGUUGACAAUGAUCCCACUUUUGCAAUGCAAUGGCUUUAAAUACAGUGUCCAUAAAUGAUAACAAAUGAAAAAUUUAGACUCA